AUGCAACGCGCUCUGACACCGCUACUGCGCGCCAGUACACGGCCAGCCUUGGUCAAGCGUGCAUCAUGCUCCACCUAUACCUCGAUCUCACCCCAACCCCUGCACUCGCAACACCAGCGGCCGUGCAGAUCGGCGUCGUCCAAAGCCGGGAAAGCGGCAGCGGCGAGUGCGCCCGUCGAAGAAGCAAAGGAUCUGUCGCAUCUACUCGCCGUCCAGCCUGGACCGACAUCCCGAUCUCGCCUCCAGGACCACUACUCCAACACGCUCUCGCACGACUUGCUGUACAUGCUCUACCACCACCAGACGCACGCCCAAGCGGCGACGCAGCCGAACCCGACCUCUCGCUCGCCCGUCUGGUCCCCCGAGAACCCUUACGCCAAGAACCGAGCACCUCCACGACCCAAAGGGAACCGUUACUUGGUCCCGAACCAAUCCUACACGAGCGCAACAACCUUGCCCAAGCUCGAGGCGAUCGUGCUUUCUUCCAUGGCGCGCGAGGCGUUGACCAACAAAUCGACGCUCCUCGCUUUGCAACAAUUCCUCUCCGCUAUCACGGGUGAGGUCCCCCAGUCGAUCCAUCCCGGUCCUUAUGGUCCUGGUUCGGGCCAAGGUCUGGUCGUGACCAAGUCGACCAAGAAAUCGGCGAGCUUCAAGAUCCGCGCCGGGAUGCCGACCGGCGUCAAGGUCCAACUCAAGGGACAACCCAUGUACGACCUCCUCGACACCUUGGUCGAAUUUGUGCUGCCGAGAUGGAAGACGUUCAAUGGCGUAGCAUUACCCCCGCGUUCGGCACCUCGACAAAGCCCCGCCGCGACGAGUGGGGUCGUCAGCUUUGGUUUGUCCCCGGAGACCAUGUCCCUAUGGCCGCAGGUCGAACUUAACCUCGAUCAAUACCCGAGGACGUACGGAAUGAACAUCUCGCUCAUCACAUCCGCAAGAGGUCGGGGGGCGCAGGAGCAGGCAACGGCAUUGUUGAGUGGGUUGGGUAUUCCGUUCGUCAAAAGGUGA